AUGGAUGAAAAGUCCACCAUCCACCACCGGCUCUUGAUUGCCCUGGUGAUAAUCUUGCUCUUUGGCGUUAUUGUGCUUCAGUACGUUUGUCCUAGCUCCGAUUGCCAGCUGUUGCACCUAGGAUCAUUGGCCUCCAACUCGGGCAGCAAUGCCAUCGGGUCCCAGGGUAAGGGAAACGACAUUGGCCUCAGUGGACAGGACCCGUACGUCGCUGAGGACUGUGCCGUAGCCCGUUUUGUUCCCCGCUUCAAUUUCACUUCUGCAGACCUCAGUCGACUCGUAGACUUCAAUAUCCAGGGAGAUGAUGUUAUUGUUUUUCUACACAUCCAGAAAACAGGGGGCACAACGUUUGGUCGACAUUUAGUGCGUAAUAUUAAACUCGAGAGGCCUUGUGAGUGUCAUGCUGGCCAAAAGAAAUGCACCUGUUACCGGCCAGGUAAAAGGGAAAGUUGGCUUUUCUCCCGGUUUUCCACUGGCUGGAGCUGCGGUCUUCACGCGGACUGGACCGAGCUGACCAACUGCGUGCCGUCCCACAUGAACACGCGCGAGCCCCCCAAGAAGCCUACAGUUCCCAGGUAAGAGUGUCACUCAGAGAAAUUGAUUUGAAAUGAAUUGUGGACAACAAUUUCAGUUUGUUCAGUAUCUUGUCCCUAAAUUGAAUGCACAUCUCAUAUUUUAUUAUGUAUGAUCAUUCAGAGACAAAUGCAUCCAUGCUUCUGUAGGGUUGAAAGGGGAUUUCUGGUCUGGUUAGGCCGGGUCAAUAGCAAGCACCUCCAUUGUGACUAUCUCUAUUGUGACUCUCUCUGUUCAUCAUGACCUGCAGAGAGAGGGGUGAGAACUUGGAAGACUGGAGCAUAUUGAGGAUGCGUCCCAAAUUACCCCCUAUUCCCGUUUAUAGUGCACUGGUUUGGAUCAGAGGCCCUGUUAAAAAAUAGGUCACUUUAUAGGGAAUAGGGUGCCAUUUGUGACUUAGACUAAUUGAGACCAUUGCAUUGGUUAUUAUUACAGUUAUAUAACAGAGGUGCUGAAUUCAAAACAAAUGAACUGACCUAGGUAUCUGUCUCUCUGUUCUCUCUCUCUGUUCUGUCUGUCUCUCUAUUCUGUCUGUCUCUCUAUUCUGUCUGUCUCUCUGUUCUGUCUGUCUGUUCUCUCUAUUCUGUCUGUCUGUCUCUCUGUUCUGUCUGUCUGUUCUCUCUAUUCUGUCUUACUGUCUGCUGUUCCUCAGCCGGAACUACUACUACAUCACCAUCCUGCGUGACCCGGUGUGGCGCUACCUGAGCGAGUGGCGGCACGUGCAGCGUGGUGCCACCUGGAAGGCCUCCCUGCAUGUGUGUGACGGGCGCGCCCCCACGCUUGCCGAGCUGCCCAGCUGCUACCCCGGGGAUGACUGGUCCGGCUGCUCCCUGCAGGACUUCAUGGACUGCCCCUACAACCUGGCCAACAACCGGCAGGUCCGCAUGCUGGCAGACCUCAGCCUAGUGGGCUGCUACAACGUCUCGGUCAUGAGUGAGGAUGAGCGCUGGGCUGUGUUAUUAGAAAGCGCCAAGCGGAACCUGCGGGGCAUGGCCUUCUUUGGCCUGACAGAGUACCAGAGGAAAACCCAGUACCUGUUUGAGAGGACCUUCCGCCUGGCGUUCAUCGCCCCCUUCACCCAGCUCAAUGGCACACGGGCGGCCAGCGUAGAGGUCGUGCCUGAGACACAGCUCCGGAUCCACCAGCUGAACCAAUGGGAUGAGGAGCUGUACGAGUACGCCCGCGACCUGUUCCUCCAGCGCUUCCAGGUGUCCCGGCAGCAGGAGCGGAAACAGGCCAGAGAGAGGAGGCAGCAGGAGAGGAGGAGGCUCAGAGGGAGGCUGGGGAGGCCGGUGGCCGAGUGGCCCAGCGACAAGCCCCAGUGGACAGAGACCCAGGCUGGGGAGGCAAUCACCACCCACCUACGACCACCCUCCCCAGAAAGGAAGCAUCAGGAGAGGGGAGGUGGCGAGGCUGUAGAGGCUGAGGUGCAGCUGCCAGACUGGUGGGGUCUGGAGCAGAACAGCACCAUGGAGGACUACAUGGAUAAUGUGGAACAGUGGCGGUAG